UUCUCCUCCGUGGCAGUAAGACAUAAAGACAAGCAAGCUGGCCGAGCUUAUUUAAUACUCGAAUCUGUGAGUAGUCCCGUUGUCUAUCUCUUCUUCUUCCUUCUUCUGUGGAGAGUAACCGAGUGAGUGCGGCACCAAUGGCUAAGUCAAAGCCUUCAGAUCCUAACACCACUAGGAAGAGCUCAUCAUGGUCUUUGGCUCUUCUUAUCUCCAUUCUUACUCCCGUUGCAGCGGCCAUCUUUCUCUACCAACUCGACUCCUUUGAUCCCGCUUCUCUGCCCACUCACGUGUUUUCACAGGAACCCAUGUCUGUCCCCAGGAUCAACUCUCGUCUGCUGCAUGAAUCUGAGAUGAUCGGGCUUGGGAAGCUGUUGGGUCCAGAGGACAUAGCCUAUGAUACCAACUCACACCUAAUCUACACAGGCUGUGCUGAUGGCUGGAUUAAGAAAGUCACCUUGAACGACUCGGCUGUCAACUCGGUCGUCCAUGACUGGGCCUUCACCGGUGGAAGACCUCUCGGCGUCGUUCUCGGUCGCGCCGGUGAGGUUCUCGUUGCCGACGCCGACAAGGGUCUACUGGAGAUAAGUGAAGAUGGUGUGGUCAAACUGUUGACCGAUGAGGCUGAGGGCAUAGGAUUCAAACUAACGGACGCUGUGGAUGUAGCCGUUGAUGGUAUGAUUUAUUUUACAGAUGCUUCCUAUAAAUACAGUUUGAAAGAUUUCAUAUGGGACAUAUUGGAGGGUAGGCCCCAUGGUAGACUUCUGAGCUUUGACCCAUCAACGCAAGAGACAAAAGUGCUGGUUCGUGAUCUCUACUUUGCUAAUGGUGUUGUCGUCUCACCUGAUCAGACGUUCCUGAUCUUUUGCGAAACCUUCAUGAAAAGGUGUUCGAAAUACUAUAUACAAGGUGAGCGAAAGGGAUCUGUGGACAAAUUCAUUGAUAAUUUGCCUGGUAUGCCCGACAACAUCUUAUAUGAUGGGGAAGGCCAUUAUUGGAUUGGAUUAGCCACGGGAUACAAUGAUCUUUGGGACUUAGCACUCAAAUAUCCUUCAAUUCGAAAGAUUAUGGCAAUCAUGGAGAGGUUUAUCGGGAGGCCAGAAUUCGAGAAAAAUGGUGGGGUUCUAGCAAUUGAUUUGGAAGGAAAACCGAUUGCUCACUAUUAUGAUCCUAAAUUAUCAUUAGUGUCAAGUGGGAUCAAGAUUGACAAGUAUUUAUAUUGUGGUUUUGUUGUUAAACCCUACAUGAUUCGUCUUGAUCUUGAUCACCAUGCUGCUCGCACCACCUUGUAAACUUGCAGGAAGUGUUAGUUUCUAGAACGGUGUAGAAUGGAUCUUCAAUGCAUAUAUGUGCCUAAAAAACUCCAAAUUACAUGAAGGUGAGAUGUAGUUCAUAGAAGAUACCGUCUUAUGCGUUGGUCAUGAUGGGGAGAGAUCAUGGAAUGACACUACUUUGCCCUCAUAAUCUUGAAGAUAAAUACGUUGUUGAAUUGAAUCGAUUGUACGUGAUUAAUGUCAUGAGUUUGAUCGAAAUAAUAUUUGUUCAAUAAGUUUAAGAAA